AUGGCUGUCUGUCAACCCAUCGUGUCGGCCAAAGAAUCUGGCUCUGCCGCCAGUGCGAUGGAAAACAAACCAGUGGUGACGCCUGAUGCCGCCAAGUCUGUUGAGGGCUCUCCUACUCCCACUGCUUCUGACAGCGAGUGGCUUCAAGGAUCUCCUGUGUCUGAUCCAUCGACUGCUAACAGCAAUGAUACCGUUGACAAUGACGAAGACAGCUCCCAGGCGGACUCUUCCGACGGAGAAUCCUCUUAUUUCGCCAAGCACUUGCCAAGUCCCAAGAGUGGAAGACGAUUCUCCUACUCCAGUUCUGGCUCGGCGCCUGCACGGACUACGCCUUUUAUGCCUACUAGUACAACUGCUGCAGCCACCAAGAACCGUGCCAGUGACGCCAGUUUGUCCUUUUCGGACGAAAGCGACGAUGAACUUCCUCUGUCGGAACCCAUCGAACCCGUUGCUCGGCUACCCAGCCAAGUGGCCGAUAUGCAGUUGCAGAGGAUCACUCGCGUUCAUUCCGUCAGUUCUUUGGUAAGCUCGGACGGAAGUAACAGCCAUCCCAAAGCUGGGGUCUUAUCCCCUGAGAGCACCCUCUCCAGGGACAGUUCCAACAGCAGUGUCAACGCAGAACACUCCACUGUGGUCGCUUCACCCAAGGAUUCUGCUGGUCGCAGGCAACCUGAGGCUCCAGCCUACAAUGUCAUGGGAUACUACCAAGGCCACCCUGAAAUGAAUCCAUAUGGGCCCAUUGACAUGCAACACCAAAUGAUGAUGGCUGCCCAGAUCCAUCAGCAGCAAUUGAAUCAAUUCAAUAGCCUCAAAUAUAAGAGCGAUGGGACUCUUCCUUUCGUCUACAGCGAUGACGAAACUGAAGACACUCCCUUUAUGCAUCAGCUUGCAACGGACGGGCACGGAGGGUCCUACAAUACCUUUCCCUCACAAGGAGGGGGCAGUGGCGGCGGUUCUGGUACUCGUGGAAAUGGACCUCCUGCUGGCGGCAAUGGCGGGGAUCCCUAUGCGCAACUUCCUGGAGGACAGAACUCCAACGAGAUCCAAGGUGCCAAUGGAGCUCCCAUGAUAAGCCGUGAAAAGGGUAAUGGCUCUAGCGACUCUGAUGGAGAUGACGUGGAUGAGGACGAUGACUUCAAAGUUUACUGGCAACGCUGGAUCAUGCUCUUUUACAUGUCCAUGCUCAACCUUCUCUCUGACUGGACAUGUUACUCUGUUGCCCCCAUUGCUAUCCUCACCCAGCAAACCUUCGGUGACGUUGAUCCGGAACGUUUGGUUGUUAUCUUUCUGGGAGCCAACGCUAUCUCGACAGCAUGUGAACCUAUCAUUCUUGCCCGCCUAGGUUUGAAGAAAACUGUCCUUUUUGGUUCGUUGUUGCUCAUGAUUGGAAGCAUGAUCAAGAGCGGGGGAAUCCCUCCCAUCAUCCAGGCCGAACUCGUCCGAGGUGAAGACGAGUGGCGCUUGAGCUUUGGGUUCUUCUUGGUUGGGCUCUCGCAGCCGCUCUACCAGUGCACUCCAGCAUUGUUGUCGGCUUCUUGGUUCCCUGAGCAUGAACGAACCAUGGCCACAGGUGUUGCCUUGAAUGCCAACCAGCUGGGAAUCGGAUGUGCAUUUGUUUUCGGAACGCUUCUUGUUGCCACGAGUGAUGAUAUUCCUGCGUAUUUUGGUCUCCUCAGUAUCAUUUCGACUCUUGCAUUCUUUGGAACCCUCUUCCAGUUCGACGACGCUCCACCCACUCCUCCCUCAAGCAGUGCCAAGGUGAUGAAGGGUGACAUUACAGUACCUAACGUCGGGUCCAUUAUGCAAUCCGUUAGGGGAUUCCGGGGCAAUGCUCCUCCCAUGUCAACUGCGGUGGCCCCUGCUCCGUCGCCUGCACUCAAUGGAAGGACCCCACCCCUUUCUCUCGUGCCCCAAGCUUCGGCUCCUUCACCAAUGGAACCAGGCCCUACUGACCAAGAGAAUACCAGAAUGCCGUUGCUGGGUGAUCCUGGGGCGUUGCCUGGUGAUGCAUUGCAAGGAGGUGGCCCACCUGGGGGAUUCCCAAUGUACCCAGAAGGUUUCAUGCCUCAUCCCGGCUACCAGCAUCCCUAUGCUGUUCCCGGCAUGCCCGCUUAUCCUUACUACCAACAGCCUUACUACCAGAAUCCCCCUUACCCUGGUGUUUACCCUCCACCACCAUACCCUGGUUACCAGAACCCCCCUUACCCUGGUGUUUACCCUCCACCACCACCACACCCACUUCUGCAGGGCCCAGCAGGGUAUGGAUACAACCUCGAUGAAGGGGCAGAGCCUGUGGUCACGGUUUCUGAUCACCAUUUGGACAUUUUGAUUCGAGAUGACCAGGUCAUUCAAAGUACACGAGCUUGCCUUGCCCGACCCGGGUUUCUCCAGUGUCUGGUUUCAUUCACAGUCUCUGGUAUUGUCAUCAACACCUUGUCUACUUUCAUGGACUAUCUGGUGACCUUGGAUGGCGCUGGCAGAGAAUACGUUGGUAUCAUUGGUGGUUCCUUCCAAGGUAUCAUCAUGAUUUCCAGCCUCGUCAUUGGAAAGCAGACCGACAAGACCCGUGCAUACUACUCUGUCAUCAUUGCAAUGCUGGUCUUUGGUGCCUUUGGAUUGGCAUUCUGUGGUGUGAGCCUUGAUGCGGAUAGGGGCAGCGAUUUGCGCUACUCCCUUCUGAUUGUUGCUGCUUUGGUUGGACCGCUGCAACCCGUUUCGACAGAGCUUGGAGUUGAAGUCGCCUACCCCUUGAGCGAAAACACUGUUUUGGUGAUCCAGCAGCUUUUCUCCAACUUGCUGAGUGCCCUGUUCAUUCCGUUCUUCAAAUCCUUGAAGGAUAUUGGUAUUUCAAAGAGUGAUGCCGAAGACUCUGCGGAGCAACCAGAGUACACCUUUUCGUUCUACUUGCUCAUUCUCCUACACGCUGCUGCCACAGUGUUCUUUGCCACUUACAACGGACGCUAUCUUCGCUAUGAGCACGAGUUGGAGAAAUUGGCAGCCAAAGAGAACAAGAAAUUGAAUGGCGGCGGCGGCGGCGAGAACAAGUUUUCGUGA